GAAAGCCAAACCGGUCAUGGGGGGCUAGUUAACGACUGUACGCCGCGCUUGCGAAUACACGGUAUUUUUCGCUAGUUGGUGGUCCGCGAUAUACAUACAUACAUACAUAUAUCAGAGACUUUCGGAACAUCACGGGAAAAAGCAAAGCAUCGGGCUUUUUUUUUCUCUCUAUCUCUCUCUCUCUCUUUCUCUUUCUCUCUCUCUCUCUCUCCCUAUCUUUCUUACUCUUUCUCUCUCUGUCUUUUCUCUCUCACUCUCUCUCUCUCUCUCUCUCUCUCUCGUACUCACUCACUCUCUCACCUCUCACCGAGCGUGUUUUUUUUUUUUUUUUUAUAAGAUGGGAGGCAUGGGAGCGUAUAUGUCGAAACCCAUUACAAAUAAGAUUUCAACCGACGAAGUUGGAAAAAAUGUUGCUUUCGGCGCGAGUUCGAUGCAAGGUUGGCGUAUCAGUCAAGAGGUAAGAAGACGAAGAAGAAGAGGAACCUAUAUAGAAACCGUUGAAAGUGAACUAUGUGUGGUGGUUGCACCGUUACUCUCUUGCUUACCGAUUAUUAUGUAUAAUGAUUUUAAUACAUGUGAAACAAUACUUUAUCGACCGGCAUCGGAUGCCCACAACUGUUGUAUAGACUUUGACAAAGAUGUUUCCUUAUUUGCUGUAUACGAUGGCCACGGUGGACAUGAGGUAGCAACAUAUUGUGCUCGUAAUCUUCCAGAGUUUAUUAAACAAACCGAGGCAUAUAAAAGAGGUGAUAUUAGACAAGCAUUAAUCGACGCCUUUUUGGGGUUCGAUGCUACACUAGCAAAACCCGAAGUAGUUAGUAUUCUUAAAGAACUGGCAAGGCCAUCAACUUCGGAUAAUAAAGAGGAUGACCUUAAUGACUCCGAUGAAGAAGAAAAUGUUAGCAAUCUACGUAUGGAAGCAGCAAUGCCAUUGGAUCAGGUUAUAGGGAAAUAUCAAUCAGAGGUAUCAAAUCCUCAUCCUAACAAUUUGAAAAAUGAAAAAUCUAACAAACGAGCUUGUCCUUAUCUAAGAGGAAGAAAAGAAAAAGACAAAGCUAGUUGUUCGUCGUCGGGUGCAGGUUGUUCGUCGUCGUCAUCCGCAUGGAAUACAAAUGAAGCCGAUGUGAGUAGCUCUAGCCAACCAUGUGGUUCGUCUAUGUCAAGCACGAUGAAAAGAAAAGAAUCAUCUGGGAAUAAUGAAGCUGAACAAGUUCUUGACUCUACUACCAGCAAUGGAACUGUCCAUGCCUCUGUACCUGUAGUAUCUACCGAUGAUAUGGAAACAACAAAGUCUGCUGACAUGCCGGAUAGUUCAGAGGAUGUUAAAGAAAAAGUAUCGAGUCCUGGAAAGUCGGCAUGUUCUUUACCUAUUACAAAUGAAGUUGAAUUAAAUGGAGCAAAAUCAAAAAGAAUAGAAGAUGCGGAUAGUAGUAAAGGUGGUGGUGACAAUGUCUCAAGCAGUUCUUGUACCCCAGUAGAAAAUGGAGAUGCCGGACAACAAGAGAGAAUAAGUAGCAGUGAUCGAAGAAGAGUCCAAUCGAUUGAGCUUUACCAAAGUUUUUUAAAGAAAAAUGAUGAGGAGUCCGAAGGAGAUGACGAUGACGAUGAAAAUGAUGAGAGCUUUGAUGGUGUCCCCGAAAGUGAUGAAGACGACACGGAAGAUGUCGACGAAGAUGAAAGCGACGAGGACGAAGAUGGUGAGGAUGACGAUGACAAGGACGACGACGACAAAGAUGACGAUGAAGAUGAUGUAUUAAACAUAGAAGAGCCAGGUUCCGACAGUGGUUGUACAGCAGUUGUCGCCAUACUUAAAGAAAACGAGCUAUAUGUAGCGAACGCAGGUGAUUCUCGAUGUGUUUUGUGUAGAGACGGUCAAGCACUUGAAUUGAGUUUGGAUCACAAGCCCGAGGACGAGCCAGAAAUGAAACGUAUACGAAAAGCUGGCGGUAAAGUUACGUUCGAUGGUAGAGUCAAUGGUGGCCUUAAUCUUUCAAGAGCUCUUGGGGAUCACGCGUACAAACAGAACACAGUUUUACCUCCUCAAGAACAAAUGAUAUCCGCACUACCAGAUGUAAGGCAUAUUACCAUUGAACCAGAAAGGGAUGAAUUUAUGAUAUUGGCAUGCGAUGGUAUUUGGAAUUUCAUGUCGAGUCAGGAUGUUGUGCAAUUCAUUAAAACGCGUUUAACCGAGAAAUAUGAUAACAUUUCAAAAAUUUGCGAAGAGUUAUUCGAUCACUGUCUAGCGCCAGAUACGUUAGGCGAUGGUACAGGAUGUGACAAUAUGACGGCAGUUAUCGUACGAUUUAAACAAUCUUCCUCGUUAACAACGAACGCAACUAUAACAGAAGUUUGUGUACAAGAGAAAAGAUCGGUGUCACCUUCUAGCCCUAAUAAAGAGAGCAACGAUUGCGUUACGGAGGAAAAUAGAAUGCAAUCUUGCAAACGUCUUAAGACAGAGGCAGCUAUCUAAAUUACCAAUUGGAGACAAAAAAAAAAAAAAAAAGCAGAAAAGGAAAAAUGAAAAAAAAGAAAAGGAAAGAAAGAAAGAAAGAAAGAAAGAAAGAAAGGAAGGAAGGAAGAAAGGAAAGGAAAAAAAACAUACACACACCUACACGCGCGCGCGCGCGCGUACACAUACACACACACACACACACAUACACACGUUAUAUAAACUGAUCUCUUCUCUCUGGAAAACAGGUGGAUGAAUGUGAAUUCAUGUCAAAUGAUUUAUCAUACUGUAAAACUGUGAAUUGAACACGGAUGUAUGAUCAUUAACGUACAGUAACAGUUACUACACUAAUGUGUUAAAAAGGAAGAGUGCGUUAGUGUGUUGGUUAAUGGUGAUAGACUGAACGAUUGGAGCACAUGAAGAUGAUACGCUGCUUUUUUUUUUUUUUUUUUUUAAACUUUGCUUUUUUUUUUUUUUGCUUUCUCUUCGCCCUCCCCACUCCCCUCCUCUCAUCAUGAAAAAUCCGGAUAUAUACGCGCCCUGAGAAAUUUCUCUCUUGUACUUUUAUUUAUCUGUUCCUUUUUUUUUUUGUUUUUUUUUUUCUAUUUUUUUUCUAAUUUAUUAUUUUCUUUUUUUUUUUUUUUUUUUUUUUUUUUUUUUUUUUUUUUUCUCUUUCUUUUUCGUUAUCUGCCAGUUAAAUAAGACACGCAAAACCAUCAAAAUAACCUUGCGACAGUAAAAAAUUGAUAAUUUGAUCCAUUAAAAAUACAGUAUAAAUCUUAAAGCAUAAAAAUACAAUUUUUAUUUAUUUAUUUUUUCUCUUUCUUUGUUUCGUUACGACAAUAAUAAUCAGAAGAUGCAUUGUUCUUUUAUAUAUAUAUACAUAUAAAUAUAAAUAUAUAUAUAUAUAUAUAUAAAUUGCAAGUACACAUAAAGCAAUAAGCCGUGAUUUAGAUAGUAGAUGCAGUAAUUAUUUCACAAAAUAUGAAAAGAAAAGAAAAGAAAAAAAAAAGAAAGAAACAAACAAAAUCACACGUCUAAUUUCUUCUUAGAAACAUCAUUCAGUUUUAGUUGACUCAUUCUACUUUUCCUAUAUAUAUAUAUAUAUAUAUAUAUUUAUACAUAUAUAUAUAUGUAUAUAUAUAGGGAAAAAAAAUAUAUAUAUAUAUUUUCUUUUUCUCAUUUAAUUUAGCUUUCAGCAAAUAAAGUUAAUUGCUUAUCAUCUCAUUUGCUCCAUUUAUGUUGACGAAAUAUGCUCUUUGAGUUUUUUUUUAGCUUACUUUUAAUAUAGUAAGUAUAUAUGUAAUUGUACAUAUUUAUAAAUUUAGGCUAUAGGAUUUAUAUUUGUAAUAAUUAAAAACACCACACAUGCACGUAUACGCACACGUAUACGUUAUCUCUCAUACACACAACCAUACGUACAUAAAUAUAUAUAUAUAUACACACACACGCAUAUAUACAUAAAUCAUACACAAACACAAAUACACACACACACACACACCGUUUCUUAUUUUUACGAAAUAAAGUUUAUUUUUGAAUCCCUGGGGUACAAUGGUUGAACGGGCAUAAUCUCUGAGUAUAAAAAAAAAAAAAAAAGAAAAAAAAACUUUCAUUGCAGAAUUAAGACGUCCGCUUAUCAGGUGUUAUCGUUCUAUGGUUUUUUUGUAUCGAUGAUAUUGUUAACAAAGAAAGAAAAAAGAAAAAAAAAUGGAAUAAUAAUAAUAAUAAUAUAAUAAUAAUAAUUAUUAUAAUAUUAAUAAUAAUAUUAAUAAUAAUAAUAAUAUUAAUAAUAAUAAUAAUAAUAAUAAUAAUAAUAAUAAUAAUAAUAAUAGUAAUUUCACAUUAUGUUACUUUGGAAGUGCCAUUGCACUUUUGUCAACGAGAUCGAACUCGUCUUUUAUGUAGAAACUUAUACGAUUGAGAAUUAAGAUUUUUCAGAAACAGUAUUCGAUAUACAUAGAGAGAUGCAUCAAUCUGAAAACUUAUGUAUUAUAUUAUAUUGUAUUACAUAAGGGCAUUGCGUGAGAACUCAUCAUUUGUGACACAUAAUUAUUGUGCGAUAGAAAUAAGAAUUAAGAAACAAUCAUUUCUCGACAACAAAAUGUAAAUAUAUGUCGCUCUUAAUUCAAUUAUAUUCAUUGAUUUUAUCAAAACAAACAAACAGACAAACAACAAAAAAAAAAAAAAAAAAAAAGAAGAAAAGGAAGAGGAGGAGGAGGAAGAAGAAGAAGAAGAAGAAGAAAAAGAGACAACAUGUGGAACGAAAGACCUAAUUUAAAAUACAAAAGCACAAAACACUAUUGCAGUGCCUAAUACUGUAAUCGCUGUUGAAAAAUUAAUAACUUGAUUCUCUUGUGUCGUAGAGCAUUCUCAAAUGAAAUUGUCAAUUCGGAUUGACCCGACUGUUUGUAGAUUUUUAUAACGAUACUUGUCUGCGAAUCUCUAAAGUAUCGAUUCAGAAAAUAAAACUGAUGUGCCUUUUCAA